GGAUUCAAACGCCUGGGCGGCCGAGGCCUCGGGCUGGAGGCAGCUGCCGGUCGGCGGGCUUGCGUUCGCUCUGCCCGCGGACGGUGGCUUCUGUGCGGCGCCGGGAGGACCUCGCCGGCCGCGGCGGCCGGUGCCUGAGGCGGAGCAUGGCGGUCGCUGCCACCAUCUCUCAGAGGAAGCGGAUCAAGCGCAAGGCUCCCCGCGGCUUUCUUAGGCGCGUCUUCAAGCGACGGAAGCCUCACCUUCGUCUGGAGGCCAGUUGCGACUUACUGGUGCAUCUGAACUGUUUACUGUUUAUUCGUCGAUUGGCAGAAGAGGCCAGGACAGAUGCUUGUAAGAAUAAGUGUGGAAUCAUUAAAGACCAGCAUGUACUAGCUGCAGCAAAGGUAAUGCUAAAGAAGAGCAGAGGUUAGAAGUCAAAGAACACAUUUUUGAAAUUUAUAUGAUGAAUUUUUUUAUUUUAGUUGGUAACAGAUCGUGAAAGCACUUUUUACAUAUUAGUUAAUAUUGUGUAUUAAAAUAUUGGCUGCUUGAGGGAUAUGUGCAUUUGUGUAUUCAUUUACUAGCAUUGAAACAUCUCAAACAAUAUCUAACUUUAUUUUUUAGUAAUUAUGUUUCAUUCACUUUAAAUGGACUCAAGUUCAUUUUACUUUUGCUUGAUUGGUAUUGCAAAUGUUUUGCAUAUUAAAAAUGAAAUCUUACUAUAUGAA